UACGACACUCACGAACAUUUCCUGCAGCAUCUCAUAAUCCAGACCAAACUCACUCGGGAAAGUGGAUACAUUUUUUCGGUUUGCUCUACGAGACCUCACCAUUUCCUCAAGUUCUUUUCAGCCAAUCAUUAGCUACAGAAAAUCAGUUCCAGAUCUAUCCAGCCUACCAUGUCUGAACCAGGUUCUGGUUGUGGUGUUCCGGCCCAGAGAAGCCCACAGCGGGGUCCAGAGUUGCUGUCAGUGAAGCUGGGGGACUGCAAUCAAACAGUGGAACUCAAUGUGAUUGUCAAAGACGAGGAGGAGGAGAGAGAAAUCAACGAGGGGGAGGGGGAAGAGAGAAAGGAGGACAGGGACUCUGUUGACUCAGGAGAGAUCCCCAACCCAGACUCAGUCAUUCCCACAGAACCAAUAAUACCACCUGGUUGUGCGAGUUACCCUUGUCCUCAAUGUGAGAAGAGUUUCAGUUCCUCAACUAACCUAAAGAAUCAUCAAAGAGUACACACUGGAGAAAAACCUUUUGACUGCUCAGCAUGUGGGAAGAGUUUCAGUGAGAAAGUAAACCUUAAGAGACAUGAGAGAGUACAUAGUGGAGAGAAGCCGUACCACUGCACCCAAUGUGGGAAGAGCUUCAAUCAUUCUGGAAGCCUUAAGGAACACGAGAGAAUACAUACAGGGGAGAAGCCUUACCACUGCUCUCUGUGUGGAAAGAAUUUUCGUGUCGCUGGAGGCCUAAAGAAUCAUCAGAGAUCACACGGUGGAGAGAAGCCUUACCACUGCACUCAGUGUGGGGAGGGAUUCACUCAGCUAAGAAGUCUUAAAAGUCAUGAGAGAAUACCCAUUGGAGGGAAGCCUGCCUGUGCUUUCAAUGUAAUUGUCCAAGAGGAGGAGGGUGAGAGGGACAUCAAUGUGGAAGAAAAGAGAGAAGUUGAGGGAGAGGAGGACAAAAGUGCUGUAGUAGACAGUGCAUGUCAGAGCAAAAACCAAGCCAUGAGGUCAAAGGAAUUGUCCAUAGAGCUCCGAGACAGGAUUGUGUCGAGGCACAGAUCUGGGGAAGGGUACCAAAAAAUUUCUGCAGCAUUGAAGGUCCCCAAGAACACAGUGGCCUCCAUCAUUCUUAAAUGGAAGAAGUUUGGAACCACCAAGACUCUUCCUAGAGCCGGCCGCCCGGCAAAACUGAGCAAUCGGGGAGAAGGGCUUUGGUCGGGGAGGUGACAAGAACGUUACGCUAACCGUAUUACCGCCACACUGGGAGUCAUGAUGGCAGUUAAAUUCCACGUGACCGUUUAGUCACAGUAAUUAGGCUUCUCCAAGCUCUGAUGCAGCUGAUAGUUAUUAGUAGCCUACCAAACGUGCUUAACUGCCUGGUACUCAGCAUUCUGUUGUCCCUCUAAUCACUCUGGGAUCAAUGCAAAUGUAAUCCAAAAUCUAAUCAAACACUUCAUGAUAAUGGUCCAUUCUAAAUCAAAACUAAUUUCACACACAUUAUUUGGUAAAUGUGAAGACAACAUUAAAUCAAGAAUAGUCUGAUAGGUGACAAUAUUAGCUUGUGAAUUAUAUAUUGUCACUUGUGAAUGAUGUACUGUCACUUGUGGAUGAUGCCCAGCUCGUGCAGUAAGGCAAGAAACAGCGUAUGUAUGCCUUUUUUGUUUGUGACUUUUUCAAAUCAUAGUCGCACACCUUUUUCAAAUCAAAAUUCGAGGCCUUCUGAUGAGAAUAUUAUCAAGUGCUUGUCAAAAUUGUGAAUGAGAGACUGAUGAAGUGUGUGCAGUUUGCAGACUAUUUUCAAAUCAUCAUUAAGAGUCCCAUCGUGCAGGCUUAGAAUGUAUUAAAAAUCAGAACUUAUAUCCAACGUUUGUAUCAUAACUGAAGUUGCAUAAGUAACUCUACAUGAAGCAUAUAGGAGGACAGGCUUCUUUGUUAAUGUUAAUUGUUUGGAGAAAAUAUCCUUUCUAUUUUAUUAAGCUGUAUUUGUCAUACUAUAAAAUAAAAUAAUUUAAAAAAAACAAUGCCACGGAAUUCUAAGAAAAUCUUGUCUGCUAAAUGAACUAGUGUAGCCCACAGCCAUAUCAGGACCUAACACAAGAACAACUUUUAGAGAGUAUGCUAUUCUGUUCUUCUGAAAUAGACUACAUUUUUAUUCAUAUCAUGUUUCUUUAGACCUGUCUAAAAUAAAUAAUGGAUUUAUUGUGAUGUAGGCUACGUUAAAUGGAUGUAUUAGACUUUCAAAAUGUUCAGGCCUUUAUGGUAGAAUGGCCAGACGCAAGCCACUCCUCAGUAAAACGCACAUGACAGCCCACUUGGAGUUUGCCAAAAGGCACCAAAAGGACUCUCAGACCAUGAGAAACAAGAUUCUCUAGUCUGAUGAAAGGAAACCAGGCACCGCUCAUUACCUCGCCAAUAUCAUCCCUAUGGUGAAGCAUGGUGGUGGCAGCAUGAUGCUGUAGGUAUGUUUUUCAGCGGGAGGGACUGGAUCGAGGGAAGAUGAAUGGAGCAACAUAUAGAGAGAUCCUUGAUGAAAACCUGCUCCAGAGCGCUCAGGACCUCAAACUGGGGUGAAGGUUCACCUUCCAACAGGACAACAACGCUAAGCACACAGCCAAGAGGGUAGGAGGAGUGGCUUCGGGACAAGUCUCUGAAUGUCCUUGAGUGGCCCAGCCAAAAGUCCGGACAUGAACCCGAUCGAACAUCUCUGGGGAGACCUGAAAAUAGCUGUACAGCGACGCUCCCCAUCCAACCUGACAGAGCUUGAGAGGAUCUGCUGAGAAGAAUGGGAGAAACUCCGUAAAUACAGGUGUGUCAAGUGUGUAGCGUCAUACCCAAGAAGAUUUGAGGCUGUAAUCGCUGCCAAAGGUGCUUCAACAAAGUACUGAGUAAAGGGUCUGAAUACUUAUGUAAAUGUGAUAUCAGUGUUUUAUUUGUAAUAAAUUAGCAAAAAAGUUUAAA